UGUCCCAGCCCAAGGUGAUGCCCCAGUUUGGGGUUUUGGGGCCGAGCACCCCCAGUUGCUGCCCUGCCUCCUCUCCCUGUUCCCCUCCAGGUCUCCGCAUUCUCCAGCUCCCGGUGAUGCCCCAGUUCACCUUCGCCUGUUUCUGUGGCCUCCACGGCUUCUGCAAGAUGAAGAGGAAGAAGGAGGAGGCUGGCGGGGGGCAGGAGACGGCCGUGUGAGGGGCGGGACCCCUCCUGUCCCCCCGGCUCCCUGGGGCAGAGCCAGAUCCCGCCCUGUCCUUGCUGGGGAUGUCACCAGGAUGUCACCGAGGUGCCACCACCACCCUGCCAGGACUACAAAUUCCUACAAAUCCCAACUCCACGGAUUCCUGGUGUUCAUGGAAGGAGCCUCCAGCUCAUCAGGAAGGCAGAAAAAUGAAUUUUUUCCCAGCAGCAAUAAUCCUUUUUUAACCCCAACACAGCAAGGAAAGGAUCCAGCUUCCCUCAGAGCUGCCCUCCUCACAUUCCCAUUGGGAAUUUGGGAAUUUGGGCAAUUCCUUCAUCCUGGUGGCAGCCAAGAGAUAAAAAUCCCCAAAAACCCACAAAAAACCAAAAAAACCCAAAACCAAAAUCCCCUUUUUUAACACUUUUCUCUCCUGGUCAAAACUCUCCCUUUCCACAGGGAGGAUUUUCUUCCAGCUAUUCCCAGUCUUCCCAUAGGCCAAAAUAAUCGGUGGCUGCCCCCAAAAUUUGGUGUUUUUCCGAAUGUUCUGCCAAGGACAAAGCUCCAGGUGUGCCCAGGACAUCUCCAGUUGCUCUGGGAAAUGCUGAUUUUGUCCUGUUCCUAUUUUUGCACAUCAGCAGAGCCCGUUCCACCUUUCAUCCCCAGCGCUGCCCUUGGCGAGGACGUUUGGGCCAAAAAAAGCCCCAAAAUCCAAGGAAGUUGGUGGAACUCCAAGGGCAUUUCCUGAAUGUAACUUUAUUUUUGUGCACAAGGAUUUGUGGUGGUCGCAAAGGGAUGUGUUUGAGGAUUUUAACGAGUUGGGAUUAAUCCCUGCUGUGGGAUUGAUAUGGAGUGUAAAGAUAAAGGUGGAAUUCCAGCUUUGUUUUAUUCCAGGAUAAAUCCACAGGGACACAGAUAUGAAGGAAAAUCUGAAUUAUAGAGAAACCAGCUUGGACUGACGCCCAUCCCUGAGAUUUCUCCUGUUUCUCCAGGUUUUUCCUAUGCAAAAAAAAACCACACAAAAAACCAGCAAGAACAAAGGCAGCUCAGCAGCAGGUCCUGACUCAACAAAGCCCCGCUUAAACCUCAGGCUUUGCCUCGGGGUUUUGCUCCACCCCAUCGAUUUUCCUGAUUCCAGCCUGGAUCGAUCCCUGGAAAGGAGGGAAAGGCUCAGAACCCUCCUUGAAGCCUUUCCUGACCUGGAUCAAAGCAUUAAUUCUCUUUUUAUUGUCCUUUUUUUAUCCCUGCUGCCCGGAUUUCUUUGGGAAAGGACUCCCAGGAUGUUCCUGAGGAGUCUCCCAGCCCAGGAGCCAUAAAAUCUGUACUGUACAUUUAUUUUUUGGGGUAUUUAUUUUUUAUUAUUUUUAUUAUUUUAUUAUUUUUUAUUAUUUUUAAAUUUUAUUUAUGGGGGGGAAAAAUAAAUGUGG